AUGGCCAUUCAGUCCAAAUCUGCCCCAAUUGGGCCGUGGGGCAAGGCGACAGCAGGCGCCACGGGCGCAGUGCUCGCCAAUGCCCUGGUCUACCCGCUGGACAUAGUCAAGACUAGGCUCCAAGUCCAAGAAGUGCGCAAGCCCGGCGACACUCCCGACCCGACCUCCAUCACACCACACUACAACUCCACCUGGGAUGCCCUCAGCAAGAUGUUCGACGAGGAGGGCCUGGCCGGCCUGUACGCCGGCAUGAGCGGCUCGCUCCUCGGCGUCGCCUCCACCAACUUCGCCUACUUCUACUGGUACAGCACCGUCAGGACGCUGUACUUCAAGGGCGCGAGCGUCACGGCCCCGCCGUCCACGGCGGUGGAGCUGGCGCUCGGUGCCGUCGCCGGCGCCCUGGCCCAGCUGUUCACCAUCCCCGUCGCCGUGGUCACCACGCGGCAGCAGACACAGAGCAAGUCGGAGAGGAAGGGCAUGCUGGAGACGGCCAGGGAGGUCAUCGACGGCCCGGACGGCGUGACCGGCCUGUGGAGGGGCCUCAAGGCCAGUCUGGUGCUGGUGGUGAACCCGUCCAUCACGUACGGGGCCUAUGAGAGGUUAAAGCCGCUGCUGUUCCCUGGCGGCAAGCCCUUGAGCGCGUGGCAGGCCUUUGUUUUGGGGGCUCUGUCCAAAGCAUUAGCAACCGUUGCCACGCAGCCACUCAUCGUCGCCAAGGUCGGGUUGCAGUCCAAGCCCCCACCGUCGAGGAAGGGCAAGCCCUUCAAGAGUUUCGGCGAGGUGAUGCAGUUCAUUAUCAAGAACGAGGGUCCCCUGGGACUGUUCAAGGGCAUCGGUCCCCAGAUACUGAAGGGGAUCCUGGUGCAGGGCAUUCUUAUGAUGACCAAAGAACGAGUCGAGAUCAUGUUCAUCCUCUUCAUCCGCUACCUGCAGAAGCUGCGGUCACAGCAACUGGCAAAGGCUGCACAACUGGUUGCUGCGAGGAAUGCCACGGUUCCGAUUACAACAAAAUAG